AUGAUCAAGCUGCUUGAUUUUGGAUGGUCUGUGUCGGCAGAUUCAACGAUCAACUUGCCGGAUGAUGAGCCUGUGAAACUGUUUCCGUACCUUGGUAAAUGUGCAAAUGCACCCCAUUCGACGCAGAGGAACCCCCUUGUUGAGCAAAUAAAUCUUGGGAUGAGGCUGUUUAAUGCACCUGAGAUUUUGAGGGGGGAAUGCCAGGACCAUAGGGCAAAGGAAUAUUUGUGA